CCCGUCCUCUCAGCCAGAGUGUUGUAGCUGCACAGAGGAAACAUGACAGGCCCUGAGCCUGAGCUUUGCAGGAUUGUCACACACGUGAGACGCCUCUGAUGCAGAUGUGUUAAUCUGCUUUCAGCAACAACAACUUUGAAUCUGCAGGGACUCAGCCAACCCAACACCAAACCACAAGGAUUCACCUGGUCUGACCGCGAUCAUUUAUUCUGGCAUCAUGGAGCUUGAUCGGUUCGGCAUUCACGAUGAGGAUGAUGAAGAUGAUGCAGCCACUCAGUACAUGAUUGAACAGAGUCUGCUGGAGAGCAACAAGCAGAAGGAGAUGCACAGAAACGCCACAACGCGGGAGGACAGGAGCAGCUCAGAAUCUGCAGACAUCAGUAAGAUCUUCACUGCUAUUAGACAAGGUAAUGAGAAGCUCCUGAAGGAUCUGUGUGUCAGACAGAAAGAGAGCUUUUCACUGGCAGACAGCAGAGGCUGGACGCCUCUUCACGAAGCAGCAUCUCAGAGCAACCAGAGCAUCCUGGAGCUCACGUACAAAGCUUCAGGCCCAGACUCAGUGAAGUGUUGCACGCUGCGAGGUCAGACUCCACUCUUCCUCGCAGUAGAACAUGGUCUUAUAGAAAAUGCCUCCUUCCUCCUCAAACAUGGAGCCAGCCCAGACAUCCAGGAUGACAACCAGGACUCGCCGCUAUUUGUGGCGAUCCGCUUAGACCGCCUUGACUUGGUGAAGCUGCUGCUCCUGCGUGGCUCCAACGUGCACCAGGAGGGUUGCCAUGGCCGUCGGCCCCUCCACGAGGCCUCACGGUUGGGCAGAAUGGAGAUGGUAAAGGUGCUGCUGGAGGCCGGAGCGAGGCCCGACCCCCGCAGCCACUAUGGCCUCACGCCGCUGGCUCUAGCAGCUCAGGAAGGUCACCUAGAGGUGGUGCAGAUUCUGCUGAAGAAAGGUGCUGACGUCUUCUCUCAGGCACAGGACGAGGCAUCCAUCAUGUAUGAAGCAUCAGCGUCUGGUAAUCCAGCCGUCAUCAGCCUCCUGCUGGAAUAUGGUGCCGAUGCCAACGUUGCCAAACACACGGGACACAUGCCAAUCCACCGUGUCGCUCACCGAGGACACCUGGAAGCUCUGCAACUACUGCUUCCUGUCACCUCUAUGAGGGACAUAAAUGACAGUGGGAUGAGUCCCCUUCACUCAGCUGCUGCAGGAGGACACACAAACUGCAUCAAGGUAUUGCUGGACGCAGGGUACGACCCCAACUACAUGCUCCACCCCUGGGUUCGCUGCAGCUACGAUGAUGAGAGGAAGUCAGCUCUCUUCUUUGCCGUCUCUAAUAAUGAUAUGCCGUCAGCAAAAUUGCUGCUGGAGGCCGGAGCCAUGACCAACCAGGACCCGGUCAAAUGUCUGCAGGUUGCACUGCGCAUGGGCAACUAUGAGUUGAUGGACCUGUUGCUGCGGUUCGGAGCCAACGUCAACUAUUACGCCAGGAUAAACACGACUCACUUCCCGUCAGCGCUGCAGUACGCUUUCAAAGACGAGGUGAUUCUCAGGAUGCUGUGUAACUAUGGUUACAAUGUGGAGCGCUGCUUUGACUGUCCCUAUGGAAACAAACCCCACAUCCCUGAAGACUAUGAGGGAUGGAGUGACAGUGUGAUCAAAGACACCAUGUUCUGCGAGGUGAUCACAGUUUCCUGGCUGAAACACCUGUCGGGCCACGUGGUUCGUGUCCUGCUGGACUACGUGGAUCACGUGACCAUGUGCUCCAAACUGAAGGCGGUUCUGAUGGAGCAGAAGCAGUGGCCGGACAUCUGCAGACUGCAAGAAAACACCCGCUGCCUGCAGCAUCUCUGCCGCCUGCGAAUCCGCCGGAGCCUCGGCCGCCUCCGUCUCCGGUCCCAGGUCUUCAUGAGCUUCGUGCCGCUGCCGGAGCGGCUGAAGGACUACAUCCUGUACCGGGAGUACAACCUGCUGCGGGGCCGGUGGGGCGGCAAUCCGGGCCGAUAAUUUAGAGGCUAAAAGAGGAGCGUGUUAGGCUGACAUACAAAUGUGCAUAUUUUUAUUUCACAAAGAAAAUGGGGGGAAAUUAAGGAGCAUGCAAAACAUGUGUUUUUGGUAGCGUUCGCAAACACGACAGCUCGAAAAGAUGGAUUGAUUGAAGGUCAAAGGCAACAAUUAGGAAAUGAUGCUGGUGUAUUCUUAAUAUGACGUGUCACCUUUGACCUCUGACCUCACUCUUACAUUUCACAUCUGCCUUUUUUUCACCUUGACUCUAAAAUGUGUUUUAAGAGAAAAAGUGAGUCUAGUUAGUUACAAAUAUAAUGCAGAAUAAUAUUAUAUAAUAAGCUCGAGUUGUUCAUGACAAGUCAUUUACAAAUCAAUACAAUCAUCCAUUACCAACUGAUGCAUAAUGUUUUGUUUAAUCAUUUACAUUUAAAAACAACAAACAAACUGAAGAUGUAGAACAUACUAUACUAUUCCCUUAAAAGUAAAUACUGCCCCGAGAGCCAACUGUGCGAAUAUGUUAUUGUACACAUGCACAUUUUUAAAAUAAAACAAAACAUUUGCAGGUUUAAAAAUACAAAUAAAAAAAUUAAUGUUUUCUACAUCAAAGAAACUAUAAUGUAUUAUUAAGUCAUUUUAUAAUUAUUGUAUUUAAGUUUACGUUAGAAAAAAUCAAGCACCAUCUGGUUUUUGUAAGGUUAUUUAUUUUGGAAAACAACACGUGGUAUCUGCUAAAGAAAGGUGUGAUGCAGGUCCCCAUUGUCUUUACUGAUGCUACACAGGUGUACAGUAAGGUUAGAGAUCUGUAGGCUAUUGUAUUGAUAAAACAGCAGUUUCCACAGUGUUUUUAAUUAGUUUUAAUAUUUUUGCAUGUCCAAAUAAUGUGCGGGACUGUACAAACACAUUACCACAUGUCCUGGAUAUUUACGUUAUAAUAGCCCGUCAAUAUAAGAUUACAUGUUUUAUACACAUAUUGCUUUAAAUUGCUAAGUGUAAAUGUAUAAAAUGUGAUGUAAGAGUAUAAAAUUGAUGUCAGUAUUUAACAUGGUGAUUUAUGACAAUGACAGCAAAAAUAAACAUAAUAAUGCUGUAAUUUGAAAAUCUGGUGAAAUAAACUGAGUCAGAGAUUAUAUUUUGAAAGGUUUGAGAAAACGACUUGAUAAAAACUUUCCAUAAGCGGUCUGAGGUCGGCUGAAGGACCUUAUGUAACAGCAGAUGUGGAGUAGAGGUGACAGGAUGUCUCAGAGGUCACAGAGACCAGCACCUGGGAUAACCCCUGCUGGGGUGCUUUGGUGAAAAAAGUCUCUCACUUCAGUUAAGAGAUUUUUUUCCCCGCUUUUUUUGGAAAUUCUAUGUCACACCAGGAAAAAAAAGAAAAAAAGUCUCAUCUAAAGACUGCUCCUGAGUUUGAAGCAUCAACACAGGUUUAACUGUAGAAGUUUGGCUGCACAGCUUCUGGACCUGAGAAGUGAAGACAAAGUACCCUAAAACUAAAGCUGUAUUAUGUUUAAUGGCCAGCAGACUUUCCAGCAAUCAGUGUAAGUUUCAAGUUUAAAACUUGAUUAACACAAAAUGAUGUUUAUUGAAUAAAUAAUGGUAUCAUCUGGAGUAAAAUUGCCUUAAAGCGGGAUAAAUUUUUUUGGCCCAUUCUCUGUAAACCCUGCAGAUCAGAAGUUUCUGAAAUACUGUCUAGCAUCAAUAACUAUACCAUGUUCAAAAUCAUUUACAUCACCUUCAGUGGGUAGUCUGGAGCAUGUCUACAUGCCUCUGGCUGGUUAGCGGCUAAACAGGUGUACCUAAUUAAGUAUGUAAAUGUAGAAAUCUUGCUUUCAGUUGUGGUACAUUUGUUUUUUCGGGGAGAGGGUCUCUGAUGUUUGCAGAGAAUUUGAAGGUUUCUGUCGUUUCUCCAUUUCAUGCCUUCUUACCCGCUCUGCCCUUCUGCCUGUGACCUGAAAAUCUAUCUCAAGUACAUGAUUUUAAAGCAAGUUUUAGCUUCUAAAGUGCACCAACAGAAGACGCACAGGUGCAUCUUUUGCUGGAGUGUUUUUACCCUCCAUGUUUACAAGAGCAGUGGCACAGUUGGAAUGUACAAAGCAUGAUGAAAGGAGGACUCUUACCCUGCAUUUUAUUCUACUUACAAAUUUAAUUAAAAGCAGGGCUAAAUAUAAGAGUUAUAUAGGAACAUUGUUGCACUCACACACUGUAGUUGGGCUGCACUAAACACCAUUAUUUGACAUAAUUUUAAAAAGAGCUUCAAAGUAAGGAAUUCGCUUCACUAGGACAAUUAAAGGAAACUCCAAGUGUUGUAGCAAGGUGUUAGGCCUUACUGUAGUUGUGGAGAUUUUUCCUUUAAUUUGUCAAUUUUGUGUGUAAGACAGACAGAAUAUUGCUUUUCAGCCACGUCAGCCUGCCCAAUUCUCUAUUUUCCAUGACUAUCAACAGACUCAGCCACUAAAGCUUUUCAUUAAAUCCCCACUUUUGAUUGUUUUUCUUUUUUGGGUCUCAUUUAUUUAAAGCACCUGUUGCCUCAACCCCUGUUUUCUUUUUACUCUUCCUCCCCUGCUUUCAAGUCCAGGCGGAGGAAAUAAGAUUUGAGAGGAUGAAUUGUGGAUAAACUGUGACUGGAGGGCAUUAAAGUGUGUUUGUUUAGUUGGAUCCUGGUCCCAAAUGCCCAGAGGUGAAUUUUUUCCUUGAUUGUUCACUCUGAACUCAGACACUGGA